AAAAAGAAUUCGAUCACACCUUAUCUCUAACCACCUUGGACGGGGUUGUCAGUGAGGCUCGCUUCGUUCGAGAAAAAAAACAUACCUAGCAAAGGUUAUAGAAAGAGGACCGUAGAGCUAGCCGAAGAAAGCAACAUUUUCUCGUAAAGAAUUUAUUUCGUGUCCGUCGAGCAAAAUGCCUCUGCCCGGUUGUUUUUCGAAUGCAGUCGAACCGAUGCAGGUGGACGUGCAGCCGGAGGAUAACGAAAACAAUGAGGAGGAUAUGUAUAUAGUCGAAAACCCAACGAUAGAUCUGGAACAGCUCGCGAACCAGUACACGGGUUUGGCCAAGCUGCACCGGCUCAUCUACGUCGCCGACCAUUGCCCGUCGCUGCGCCUCGAAGCACUGCGGAUGGCGAUAAACUACGUGACGACCACCUACAAUGUGACCCUGUAUCAGCAUUUGCACAAGAAGCUGGCGGACAAUGUGAGCAAUCUGUAUCUACCCGACGUUGCCUCCCAGUCAAGCGGAUCGCAGGAGAUACCCUCCUUCGACGCUACCUGGGUUGAGUCGAAGAGCAAAAAGUCCGCCCUCAAGCUGGAGAAGCUGGACUGCGAUCUGAAGAACUACAAAGCCAACUCUAUCAAGGAAAGCAUCCGGCGGGGGCACGACGAUCUGGGCGAUCACUACCUAAACUGUGGCGAUCUUUCGAACGCGCUCAAGUGCUACUCGCGGGCCCGCGAUUACUGUACCAGCGGCAAGCACGUGGUCAACAUGUGCCUGAACGUGAUCAAAGUGUCCAUCUACCUGCAGAACUGGUCGCACGUGCUUAGCUACGUCUCGAAGGCGGAGGGCACUACCGAGAUCGCGGAAACGUCCAAGGACAAGGACCCGAACCAGGUUGUGAUUACGCGGCUGAAGUGUGCCGCCGGGUUGGCCGAGCUGGCGUCGCGCAAGUACAAGUCGGCCGCCAAACAUUUCCUGCAGGCCAACUUUGACCACUGCGAAUUUCCCGAGAUGAUCUCGACCAACAAUGUGGCAAUGUACGGGGGGCUGUGCGCGCUGGCCACGUUCGACCGGCAGGAGCUGAAGCAGGUGAUUGCCAGCAGCUCGUUCAAGCUGUUUCUCGAGCUGGAACCACAGCUGCGCGAUAUCAUAUUUAAGUUCUACGAAUCGAAGUACGAUUCGUGCCUGAAGCUGCUGGACGAGAUCAAGGACAAUUUGCUGCUGGACAUGUACAUUGCGCCGCACGUGAACGCGCUCUACACGCAGAUUCGCAACCGGGCGCUGGUACAGUACUUCAGUCCGUACAUGUCCGCUGACAUGCGCAAGAUGGCGACCGCGUUCAAUCGGUCGGUGGCGGCGCUGGAGAACGAAAUCAUGCAGCUCAUACUCGAGGGCCAGAUACAGGCGCGCAUUGAUUCGCACAACAAAAUCCUGUACGCGAAGGAUGCCGACCACCGAAGCGCCACCUUCGAGAAGGCAAUCAACGUGGGCAAGGAGUUUCAGCGGCGUACGCGCAUGUUUAUCCUGCGAGCGGCCAUCCUGCGGCGUCACAUUCACGUUAAGAACCAACCCCGGGAAAGCAGUAACCAUGCAACGGAAAUCUGCGUCCCGGCGAGCGGAUCGUCCGGCGGUAGCUUGGCGCGCAACUGAUUGAAUCUGGCUGAGGAAGAUUUUUUCGUUCGCUUCAAAAGAAAAUCCAAAUAAUGGCCGCCACCACGCCGAAGGCUCACACCACACACCGGGAAACUGAGUUAGCUGCGCCUAGUGUUUGCGCGCUUUGCUACGCUUUUCUAAGCCACAAAAAAUAGGAAAAAGGAAAACAUUCAUACGUACCAAGCGCCAGCCUGGUUGGGAGAGACUAGUUUUAGCAUCAAGUGUAUGAGCAGAAAUGACUGAGCGAGAUGCAGGGAUCGAGGGAUGGGUUGGGUUGAACAAUUGGUUUGUCGCGUUCUACGACCGGUUGCGCUAAAACACACGCCUUCAUGCAGUUUGGCCAUUCAUCCAUGCGCUAUCCACCGGAUGGGAUAUCGUUUACACUGUUGUCGCUGGUCAGGGUCAGUUUCGGAAGGAAUAUCAGUCAAACCGAUUGUAUCGUGCGUGUGUGUGUGUGUAUGUGUGGGUUCUAUUUAUACGAUAUGUUGAGCGAAGUUUAAAAUUUUCCAAUAAACAAAAUUAAU